AUGCCCGGGAAAGCAGCGAAAGACAGACUGUAUGAGACUCUGGCACAGCACCGCUAUUUGGACUCGACCCACCAUGCGCUGAAUGAUUAUGUGAGGCAAAUACGUCAAGCAAGUGAGGACCCCGCAGCCGGAGAUGUCGAGGACUUGUUGGACCGGCUGGAGCAGGAAGUGAAGGCUGAGGAGGAGACGCUGGCUCGGGCAUUCAACCUUUUCGACAAUCAGAAGACGGGCGAGCUCGAGAAAAAUGACCUAAAAAGCAUGAACCGCUACCUCGGGUUCCCCUCGGAAGAUGAAGACAUCCGCCGACUGCUGAAGAUGAUCGAUACGGACGGCAGCGGAAAGAUAUCCUUCGACGAGUUUCAGGAGUAUGUCGGGAAGAUGGGUGGGAGCGGGAAACUCUUUGAGGAGCGGCAGAAGCGCAUCAAGCAGAAGCUGGGCUAUGAUCUCCAUGAGAGUGCCGACACGGACGCGAUCUCCGCCCAGUUGACUUCUGCAGGCAUCGACAGAGAAGCUCAAGCCUACUGGAAAAUGGUCGUGCAGCAAUCUGAAUUCCAGGAGGCGGCCAAGCUUCGUGACUGUCAACAGAAGGCCGUAAAGCACAUCCGUGCCCUUGCGAAGAAGAACCACCAACAGGCGUUGCCAGAGCUGCAGAAGAGAGUGGCCAGUCUUCGUUUUCAGGAAGACGAUCUUUGGCUAACUUUGGCCUGGAUUCGCGAGCUGGCCCCAGUCAUCAUUCACCUCAAUCUGGAUAAGAUGCUCCCGUUCAUGGAGAAGGAUACUCACUACCGAAACCAGUUCGAGACAAACACAUCUGGUGGGCUGUUGAAGCCGGCCACACGAGAAAAAUGGGAGAGGGACUUGUUCGGUGGUUCCUACGAUGGGAGUGUUGGAAAAGACCGUCCGAAAUAUGGAGUGCAGAACGUCAUGAACGACCAUCGGGGAGUGGUUAGGUGUGCACAAUAUGGUGACUCGUAUCUCAUUCUAAAGGACGUGCGUCUCCGAUGUACUUUCUCGCCAGAAGAUUCUGCAAAUCUCAAGGGGGACAAGCUGGCGGUGCUGGACUUUUACGCCCAUGUUCUGCUGCAGUACGAUGUAGCGGAGCUUUCAGAGACCAUCAAGGUGGCCACGUCCAAGGAUGCAGCCCUCCUGGGAGAUUCGGACAAAGUGGGGAAGAUGAAGUACAAGGAAGCCCAGAUCCAUGGGGAGGUCGAUCUCCGCAGGCACGUCGAGCGCUUGGUGGCACACACGCGGCAUCGAGGAACAAGUGAGGGUGCUCGGAUCCAAGCCAUGUGCAAGCAGAAAGGCUUCGGCUUUUCCUGGAUGGACGAGGAACAGGAGCGAAUGCGCAAAGAAAGCAUCGGGCAGCUGGGAGGUGCAGCUUGGCAAAAGCGUCUGCAACAGCUUCAGGAGGAUGGCGGUGAGCUCGAGGUGCCGGAAGGCUACUGCAAAGUCGGGUGUGGACGUAGGGUGGCUCCCGGUGUUACCCGAGCCGGCCGACAAUUCACGACCUGCUGUCGUGGCUGCAUCAUGGGAUUCGGCCACGACCUGCGUUGUGGACGAAUCGAUGCUUCGAAGGUCGGCCCCGGUCUUUGCAAGAACGGUUGUGGAUUGAAGGUCGCACCUGGAGUGGACUCAAAGGGCCGGCCUCUCACCACUUGCUGUAAGGGCUGUGCCCUAGGAAUGGCCCACGACCGCUUCUGCCAGAAGGCUCCGCCAAAGGAUUCUGUAACUUCGGGCUAUGCGAAGCCGCUGGAGUCUUCCGGACUCUGCAAGAUCGGUUGUGGCCGGAAGGUUGCGCCUGGAAGAACUCGGAGUGGAAAUCCUUUCGACACGUGCUGUCGUGAAUGCAGCAAGUCUGGAGGCGCCGUCCAUUCCGCAUCCUGUGGCUGA